UAAAGCGGGCUUGGCUAUCGCGACGUGACGUGCAUCAAAGCGUGACGUGCGUGUCAUUUAAAGAAAAAAUAUAUAUACUGUAUUACAAAUAACAGAUAAAAACUAUUUUUCUGUGUGUGUGCAUCCCUUUUGAAGGUUGCAUUUAGCGGACGGCUUGAGAAAUACCAGAAACAGAACCGAACCGUCAUUAAUUAAUUACGAAAGACUGACCUUUGCACAGACAGGAGAGCCUGCGUCGCUGCAGUCCCACUGAAGAGGCUGAUCUUCUAACAAAAAAAAAGGACUGAUAAGUAUAUAUAUAUUUCACAGAUGGCGGCGCUGUCGGGUUGGGUGUGCGUGGUGACCGGAGCAUCCCGAGGGAUCGGGAAAGGCAUCGCGCUGCAGCUGGGAGAGGCCGGAGCCACCGUCUACAUUACCGGGAGAAACUGCGGGACACUGGGAGAGACUGCGAAAGAGGUGGAGGCUAGAGGCGGGGUUUGUGUGCCGGUGACCUGCGAUUCGUCGAAGGAGGAUGAAAUCAGGAGCCUGUUUGAGCGAAUCAGGAGAGAGCAGAGAGGGAGGCUGGAUAUAUUAGUGAACAACGCAUACGCAGGAGUGCAGACUAUCUUUGAAAACAUGGGAAAGAAAUUCUGGGAGGUGCCGCCCUCCACUUGGGAUGACAUCAACGAUGUGGGUCUGCGGGGUCACUAUAUCUGCUCUGUGUACGCGGCUCGGAUGAUGGUUCCGGCGGGGCGGGGCCUGAUCGUCAUCAUUUCCUCGAUGGGGGGUCUGCGGUACCUCUUCAAUGUCCCCUAUGGAGUGGGCAAAGCAGCUUGUGACCGCCUGGCCAGCGAUGGCGCUGUGGAGCUGAGGGGCACGGGCGUUGCCAUGGUGUCCCUGUGGCCGGGGGCCGUCCGCACCGAGACCAUCGCGGAGAAAGUGCUGAACAGUGACCUGGGUUCAAAGUCCGAGGAGGAGGUUCGGAAGAUGUUUGUGGACGGUGAAACUCCAGAGCUGAGUGGGAAAUGCAUCGUGGGGCUGGCUGGGGUGGGGUGGGGUAGGGGAGAGGGGAGAGAGAUGAAGGGGAAGAGGGAGACUCCCCUCUUCUCUCCCUUCUCUCACUCCCCACCCUCCCUGUCUCUCUCCUCUCUCCCCCCUCUCUCUCCUCUCCCCCUCGCAGGUCGUAAAGUGCUUGAUUACACAUCUCUCAGCUUCCUUGUCUCUCGGGUCCCGGGACUCGCCUGGCUCUCCCCCUUCAUCCCCUCGUUCCUUCGGGUGCCCAAAUUUGUCCUGACGCUGACAGCCAGCAAGUUCUGAGCCAGUCUGCACGGAACACUGAACCCAGCCCCCGGAAACACAUCAGAACCUGGAACUGAUGACGUGAAACUCGGAACAACAAAACGCACAGAACCUAGAACGGACUGAAUAAAUACCACACACUGGCUGUGUUUCUGUAAACAA